AUGAAGUCUACAUUUCUCCUCCUGUUUGUUUCGGUUUCGUCCGCACUCGUGCUUUAUAACAGCGGAGAGGAAUCACUGUUGAAAACUGAGUUGAUGGAUACCGGAUUUCCAGCCAAUACUAAUAACAUGAAAUCUGAUGAGCUGCCGUGGGCUGAUGAACGUCUCUUCUAUGGGCUAUUAAAAUUCCACAAGAAUAACACUACUGAGCAGGACUUAAAUACGAAGAACGGCCCAGAAACAAAGGCUGUCAAAAGUACCGAGAUAAAAAGAUCGAAAAGUAAGAAGGUAACGGAUAACAGUUACUCCGCGAGGAAAUGGUACUUGAAGAAAGGCAAAGAUUCCAUGUACAAGAUCUUAGAUAAAAGCAUAGAUGACGUUGAAGAAUCUCAAAAGUCUCAAUCAACUUGA